AUAUUUAUAUUUAAAAUUAUAGCCGUCGUAGUCGUCGUCGUUGUUGUAUGUGUUUAUUUUUUUGUCGUUGGAUUCUCUCAUUUUUCGUCGUUUUCUGCCGCAUUCUAUAGCUUGGCUGUGUUAAAAACACGUUUUGAAUAACAAACAUAUGUGCGUUGUGUGAACUGAGUCGCGAACACACGAAAUGAGCCGAAAUGAAGGGAAAAAAUUCAUAAAAAUCUGGCGUCAUCAUCGGAAAAUAGAAGCAAAGGCAAGAGAACUUACAAGCAAACAACCAAAAAUGAAAUCAUCGCGAUCCCCUUCGGAACGAAUUGGGUAACGACUACCCUUAGGCCGGUUCGACUGCGCUAUAAAUAGAUCGAUGUGUGUGCGUGUGCCGUAUGAGAAAUUCUUGAAGAAAAAUUUUACAAGAACCAAAAAACGAAUGAGUCCAGCAGCAAAAUUCCAGUGAAUUAUGACGUUGAAUUGCAUGCAGCAAACACAUUCACAUAUCAAAACAGCCAGCAAUCGUGAAUUGACUUUGGUGUGUUACAACGCACCACGACCAGCGAUAACAAACCCAAACGAAAAAAAAAACUCAUUCGAAAAGCAACUAACAAUUCUAAGUGGUAUUCAAAUAUUUGUUUUUAUCAUCAUCUGAUUGCGUUGGUGUGUGAGUCGCGAGCCCCAUUGAGAAAAAGAAAGAACCGGCUCGAUAUUGUUGUCCCGAUAUACACACUCACAGAGAAUGCCGAAGUAACAUUUCGGCGAACAUCGAGCUAAAGCUAAUAUUUGGCCAUUGUGGAUAGCUUCGUCGACGAUAUCGUCUCAUAAAAGAACCAGAACUAGCUAUGAUGACAUAAUAUGUAGCAAUGCUAAUCGAAGCGUAUGGUAUCAAUGACGUAAACCAAUAUUUUUAGCGACUUGUCGUUGUCUGUGUCGUUCUCUGUUCGCUGUAUCAUUCAAAGUACAAUGAUAUACAUAUUUCGUAUAUAUCCACACGGCAUUAAUAUUGCUCAUUAAGAACACAUUUACAUGUUUUACGUCUUUCGUUUCGGUUGCUCAGCCCGUUGAAAGUAUAAGAAAGUUUGAAAUAUGAGUGUGUAUGAUGGAAUGGCUUUAGCUUAGCUGUGCGACGUGUUUUCUUUUUCAUAUUCAAAUACAAGUCGAGACCGCACCGACUAUUGGAUGCGCAUUUGUUUGUGUAUAUACAUCACGGUCUUUUCGAUGAAUCGUUGAAUGCUGUUGGGAAUAGAUGAAUUUCUUUUCGUUGCGUGAAUAGAUCCAAUACAAACGAAAAUAGCGGCAGUUGAGGUGACAACAACAACAACAACAACGAAACUCGCUGCUGCGGCUACUUCGAACGCACAAGAAUUCAAAAGUCAAUUUCACUGUAUGAAUUGGUAUAAUCCCCAAGUGUUGUGUGCUAUGUGUAUAUAGCACACUCGCUCGCUCACUCAUUCAUUCUCGUUGUUGUCUCGCUUGUUCGUCGCUUCUCUACCGAGAAAUGCCGUUACCGCUUCGUCCGUUCGCUCGCUCGUUCGUUCGUCAGUGUGUGCUGUUGCCGCUGUUGAUGGUUGAUACGAAUUGAAUUUGGAAAAGUUUCGUUAGUUAACGUUUGGCAUUUGUAAAAAUAUCGUCUUGAAUUCCGUGUUUUUUUCUCUCUAUCGUCGGCAAACUGAUUUGGUUCCGGAUAAAUAUAGUGCUGUUUGUAUUUUUUUAAAAUCUUUUUUGAAGAAACAAUUUUAAUUUCAUUUAAAAAGUGUCAAUUUUAUUUUUGAAUCAAAAAUUCAUUCGGUUGGAAUCAGAAGAAGAACAUUUGUCAAGCGAAAAAAAGGGUUUUUUCCAAGGGAAAAAAAAUUGUUUUCGAAGACUUUAAAAAAAAGUUGACUGUUUUCGUGUUAAGGGAAAACCAAAAAAUAACAAAACAAUGGCAACACGUACCAGAGCAUCAGAUAGUACAUUAUCGCAAACUGCACCAGAUGCAGCAUCAACACCACAAGCUCGGCAUCGCACCCAAAGUCCAACACGUCAUUCGCGUGUGGCCGAAAAAUUGGAGCUACAAGGGUUGAACGAUCGAUUGGCUGGUUAUAUUGAUCGUGUUCGAUUCUUGGAAGCAGAAAACAAUCGACUCGUGGUUGAAGUGAAAACUGUUCGUGAAACAGUCACCCGUGAAUCGUCUAACAUCAAAUCGAUGUACGAAAGUGAAUUGGCCGAUGCCCGGAAAGUGUUGGAUGAAACAUCUCGCGAUAAGGCCAAAUUGGAGAUCAACGUCAAGCGUUUGAGCGAAGAAAAUGAUGAUUUGAGACAAGCUUUGGAGAAGCAACGCAAAGAAUUGGAAUUGGCUCGUUUGUACGAAACACGAUACAGCGACAUUCAGAACAAGUACAAUGCGGCUUGUUUGGAUCGCAAGAAGGCCAUCGAUGAAGCCAAGGAAUUGCAAAAGGAAAUCGACCGAUUGAAACGCCUAUUGGACGAUUUGCGUAAGGCUCUUGAAGCCGAAACUUUGGCUCGGGUUGAUCGUGAAAAUGCUGCACAAAGUUUACGCGAAGAAUUGGCAUUCCGUGAUCAAGUGCAUGUUCAAGAAUUGACCGAUACACGCAAACGUACACAGGUCGAAAUCAGCGAAAUCGAUGGCCGGCUGGCUGAACAAUACGAAGCUAAAUUGCAACAAUCAUUGCGCGAAUUGCGUGAACAGUACGAAGCUCAAAUUCGUGCCAACCGCGAAGAAGUCGACUCAUUGUGGGAUGCUAAAUUGAAGAAUAUCCAGAAUGAAUCCACUCGCAACGGUCGCACCGCAAGCGCUGCUUUUGAUGAACUUCGCAGCACUCGGUCACAGCUUAACACUCUGCAUGGCAAAAUCAACGAUUUGGAAGCCGAAAAUGCUACACUUAAGAGCAAAAUUGGUGAUUUGGAAGCUCAAUUGGAGGUUGAAAUUGGUCGUCGUGGUGACCUUGAAAACGAGUUGGCCCGUUUGCGUCAAGAAAUGGCCCAGCAAUUGCAAGAAUACCAAGAUUUAAUGGAUAUCAAGGUGUCAUUGGACUUAGAAUUGGCUGCCUACGAUAAAUUGCUGGCGGGUGAAGAACAACGUUUGAACAUCACUCGUCCAAGUUCCACAUCAUUUGACAGUAACACCAACAACACAUCCGGAUCACUUUCGGUUCAUCAACAUCAUCAUCGUUCCGGUCGUAUUACACCAAGCAUCGUCAGUAGCCCAAGCCGACGGGUAUCAGUUGGGCCAGCUGGCAAGAGAAAGCGUACAACCAUCGAUGAAUCGGAAGAACGUUCAUUGUCUGACUAUUCGAUCACUUCAUCGGCUAAAGGAGACGUUGAAAUCACCGAUUUCGAUGCCGAAGGCAAAUUCGUUAAAUUGUUCAACAAAGGCGAUAAGGAAAUCAGUUUGGGUAACUGGCAAUUAUUGCGUACGGCUGGUGCAAAUGAGACCAGCUUCAAGUUCCAUCGUUCCGUGAAAAUCGAACCCCAAGGCACGGUCACCGUAUGGAGUUCGGACACGGGCACCACUCACGAACCACCACAAACAAUUGUGAUGAAGCAACAAAAAUGGUUCGUCAGCGACACCAUGAAAACAUCAUUGUUGAACAAUGACGGAGAAGAAGUAGCUGCAGCAGAGCGUGUCAAAAACACAAUCUCAACAUUCGCAUCACGCCACAGAGAAGGUUAUGGACAUCAUCAUCAACAAGAAGUAAGCAAUGGUUCCGGCUCAUCAUCCGUUGGUCAGCGACUAUUUUCAUCAUUCUGGUAGAGAUGGCAUGACCGGUCUGAUACGUGGUUUGAAUAACUUCUGCCCAACUAUUAAUCGAUUAUGUUAGAACAAAAUCUCGAACUUGCACAAUCUUAAUCUUAAUUUUAAGCCAUGGAAACAUAUAUAAGUAAAAAAAAAUCAGGUUGUUUUGUUACCAUUUCAACGAUACAAAUAGUUUCUUCUUUAUUUUAAUUUUUCCAUAUUUAUGUGCAUUUAGAAGUUUUAAGUUUCAAGGAAAGCCAAGCCAAGCCAUAGAUUCAUUAAUCUCGAUCAAAAACUGUUCCGUCUAUAUAUUUUGAAUUUUCAUACUCAAUAAGCAUGAUGCCGCAAUGUUGAUAGUCAAUCAUGAUGAUCGUUGGCUAUUUUAAGUGUAUUGCACGCAACGUCUAUUGUAACGUCAAACACAAAGUCUUACCACUUAUAACAAAAUGUGCCUUAAAAUCGAACAAA